CCUCCCCAUUGCCAGUGGCCUGGGACCAAGAGCCAGGCACACAGGCCUCCACCAUGGCUCAGGACUACAUGAGGUACCAGGGCAUUCCUUUCCCCUUCCUGCAUCACGAGCUUGAAAUCAUAAAAGCAGCCCACGAGAAGUUUGUGGUGAAGGAUGAGGACAUCAUCACGGUGACCUACCCCAAAUCAGGAACCAACUGGAUGAUUGAGAUCCUGUGUCUCAUUCACAGCAAGGGGGAUCCAGAGUGGAUCCGCUCUGUGCCUAUCUGGGAUCGCUCCCCAUGGAUCGAGACUGUACGUGGAUCCAAAAUCAUUAAGGACAGGAAGGAGGGGCCCCAGCUCCUCACUUCCCACCUCCCCAUCCAACUCUUCCCCAAGUCUUUCUUUACUUCCAAGGCCAAGGUGAUCUAUGUCAUCAGAAAUCCAAAGGAUGUCCUUGUGUCCGGAUAUCAUUCUGGUAGUGGAUCAAAGUACAUAAAAAAUCCACGGUCACUUCAGGAGUUUUUGGAAUGGUUCAUCGAAGGCAACUUGCCUUAUGGGUCAUGGUUUGCACAUGUCCAGGGCUGGAUGUCCAUGAGGGAGAGAGAGAACGUGCUGGUGCUCAGUUAUGAGGCUCUGAAGAAGGACACGAGGAGCACUGUGGAGAAGAUCUGUCAGUUCCUGGGGAAGAAGUUGGACCCUGAAGAGCUAGACUUGGUCUUGGAGAACAGCUCCUUCCAGGCCAUGAAGGAAAACAAGAUGUCCAAUCACAGCCUGCUGAGCAAGAAUUUCUCUUCUGCUGAAGUCUUAAUGACUAGGAAAGGCAUCGUAGGGGACUGGAAGAACCACUUGACCGUAGCCCAGGCUGAAACCUUCGACCAAAUAUUCCAAAAGAAGAUGGAAGGAUUUCUCCCAGAGAUACUCCUGUGGGACUAAGUCCAGACUUCUCCCUGUGUCUGUGGAGAUGAAGACUUGUGUCUCCUUGGGGUCAGGGUGUAGAUCUGUCACUUGAUUCUGGUGGUUAGAAUGUUCACAUUGUAAAUUUGAUCACUUGUCUGAUACAAAUCUCCAUGGUGCCACUCUUCCAUGUAUAGCAUCCCAGCUAUUAACAAAUCUUACAAAGCUGGAA